UUGAUGUAGUUGACCUUCACUCUCCACAAAUAGAAGAGAAAAAGGGAACUUGAGGGACCAAACUCAAACUUGAAGGGCAAGUUAGAAAUUUUUUUGGUUCUUCAGAUUUUUGUAAAACAAGACCGUUUCAUUUGCUCCCCGACCUCGUCCUUCCCGGACAACAACUUCGUUUUUCUUCUCUGAGAAUCCUAUGCAAGUGUUUGUCGCCCAGGACCAAGAUUCCGAAGCAUAAACCCCAAACAAUGGACUCCUUGAUGUUAUCUUCAGCUGUUUAGCACUUAUCUCCUUGUUGCAUAGAGGGAUUCUCUCAUUCUCUCCGUACUUGCUAUAUAUCACAGUAUUAUCCUUCAAAUCCUCUCCCCCCGUCCCUCUCACACGCACAAUUUGACAAAAACAAGGAUAGAGGAAGUCUUAGAAAAGUUUUCAAUUUACAGCAUUUUCAGGGACUUGGAUUUUUCUGAUUUUUGCACCAUCCGUUAUGGAAAGAAGUGACAAUUACAGGGACAAUCCUCACACGCCAGGGCACAUUGUUUUCGCGUGUGAUGCGACUAAAGAUCACAAUAAGCAGGAGUUCAAGAACACGAUUAGUAAUAUCAGGAUGCAAGGUGGGAUAAUAAAACCAGGGGAUAAAAUUACAGUUCUUGGGGUUAUACACAAAAUCCUUCACCCCAUGGGUUACGAAAUGAAAAUAGGUCACGGGCCUUUCUUUGGAACACAUGUCCGUGCAAUGGAAGAAGAAUUCUCGAGAAAGAUUGAUUUUUAUGUGAGCAUGCUCCACCAUAGUGCUGAAGAAUGUGAAGCUGAUGGGGUUGAAAUUGAAGCCAAGAUUACUGUUGGAGGUCCAAUGAAGAAGGUUGUUGCAAAAGAAGUAGCAACUUCCAAUGCAACCUGGCUUGUACUUGAUAGGCACCUAAGAAAGGAGUUGAAAUAUUAUUUUAAACACACACCUUGCAAGGUUGCACUGGUCCUUGAUGAAUUCUCAUUGGAGGUUUUGAGGCAAUAUUCCUCUAAAAAGGAUGUUGGAAAUAUUGAAUAUACACAGUUUUACUCACUAUCCAAGCCAGUCAAGCCACUAUCCAAUCAAGAUAACGAGACAAUCGACAAUUCUAUCCUUUCUGCCGACUCCUAUGCAUCUAUCAGUACCUUGGAUGGCUCUAACAUGACCAAGAACAGCUCCAUAUCAGCAUUCACGCCCAACUCCAAUGAUCACAGCUUUUCCUCACAAGAUGAAUCCAGCCAAAAUACUACGCCGGAGAAAUCAGGCAAUGAUGCUAAAGUGGAAAAUAAAUAUGUUGUUUCUCUCCCAAUGAAGCAAAAACAAAGAAGUCCACAGAGAUCCUCUGAUUCAACAACAAAGGUGCCCAAGAAAGAAAUUAUACGAGAGUUUAUGGAAUUUCGGCCACGAUAUGAAUCUAUCUUCAGUGCUAAGCAAGAGCAACAAGGUAGCAAUGCUGAAGGGGGAAAUAAAUAUGCUGUCUCUCCUCUAAUGAUGGAAAAACAAAGAAGUUCACGGAGAUCUUCUGAUGUACCUGUUCUUUCAACUGAUAAUGGCAUGAAUAAUGGGCUAGAUUUAAUUACAUUUAUUUAUUCUGAAAUCCAAAUUGCAACAGAGAAUUUUUCAUCUGAUAAUUUACUUGGGGAAGGUAGAUAUGGUGUUGCCUAUAAAGGCCAACUGAAGGAUGGGCAACUCAUUAUGGCAAAGGUGCUAAAAGAAGCAAGUACACAAGGGUCUGCAGAAUUUCACUCUGAAGUAUAUGCCCUGAGUUUUGCACGCCAUAAGAACAUCGCGAGGCUUCUUGGUUAUUGUUGCAAGGAGAACAUUAACAUCUUGGUCUAUGAAUAUGUCUGCAACAAAUCUCUAGAGUGGCAUUUAUUUGAUAAUGCUGAUCGUGUUCUUGAGUGGCUCACAAGACGUUCUAUUGCCAUUGGAAUUGCACAAGGUUUGCGUUAUCUACAUGAAGAGUGUCGGAGAUAUCCUAUUGUUCAUCUGGACGUGAGGCCUAGCCAAAUAUUGCUUGCCGAUGACUUUGUUCCCAUGCUGGGAGACUUUGGACUAGCAAAAUGGAAGACGGACGAGGCAGAUAGGGAAACACGAAUUCUUGGCACUCUAGGAAAUCUUGCACCAGAGUACACAGAAAAUGACAAUGUUUCCAUAAAAAGUGAUGUUUAUGCAUUCGGGGUUGUCUUGUUACAACUAAUAUCAGGACGCCGGAUAGUGGAUUCAACUGGUGACGACAGCCAACAGUCCAUUAUACAGUGGGCAUUACCACUGAUUCAGACGCUUGCAUUAGAAAAGCUUGUUGAUCCUCGUCUAGGGGACUCGUACAGGAUUUAUGAACUCUACCAUAUGGCUAAAACAGCAUGCUUAUGUGUCAAAAUGGACCCUGCUAUGCGCCCAUCAAUGGGAGAGGUGUUGCACCUUCUUGAUGGGAAACACAAUCACUUCCUCUAAUCAUUUGAGCUAUGUAUUCCUCAUUACAGCACAAAACAGAAUGGACAACAUAGCCGAGGCACUUGGUUGAGGUGAAACUGGAUAUUUGUCGAUAUUUGUUUUCAAUUAAUUGUGGUGGAACGCAGUAGCAGAUUCAGGACUAUUUUCCAUGUCGUUAGUCGUAUCCUCAUUGAGUAGGACGCAUUUGACAUGAAACCAAAUAGCAAAGAACAGCCGGAAACCUUGGCUAGAUUUACAAAAUGAGUAAAUAGAAAUAAUUGGUGAUCUCAUGAGUUCAAAAUUUGGGGAUGACACUCUUUUUUAAAAUACUAUAGUCUUCUCUCGUGGAUUGCUUUA